AAGGACAAGGGCGGUGUUGUCGCCAUCCUCUUUGGCCUCGCGACGAUCUCAUACAUCAUUGCCGACGUCCCGGCAGACGCUUUGGUCGUCGAGUACGCCCAACGCGAGCCCAUCGCGACGCGAGGCCGCAUGCAGUCGCUGGUUUACACCACACGCACGGUCUGCACGACGAUCUCGACGGCGAUCGCUGGCUUUUGCAUGAACUCGCCCCGUUUCGCUGGCUCGUAUUCUUGGGACUUUGGCGUGCACACUAUGUACAUCAUUCUUUGCAUUCCCUGCGUCGUCAUGAUUCCGGUCACGGUCCUCUUCAUCAAGGACCACAAGCACCAAGCCGCCCCGUUCUCCGAGUACCUCGCGCAGGUGUGGCAGCUCGUCCAGAAGCGCGCCAUGUGGCAGAUCAUGCUCUUCAACUUCUUCUACAAUCUUCUCGGUGGUGGUUUCUCGUCGACGGCGGCACCGUACGUCCAGCUGCACUGGGCCAAGGUCCAGAACCUCAACAGCCAGAUCAUGACGAUCGUCUCCAACCUCAUCUUUGCUUGCAUUGUUGCGUCCAUCGGUCGCUGGGGCACCAACUGGAACUGGCGCAUCGUCAUCGUCUCGACUACCUUGUCGACGGCCUGCAUCGAUGCCAUCGUGCAGUACUGCACCAUCUUUGACGUGCUUCGGAGCCAGUGGUUCUACCUCGGAGUGCCGUUGGCCGAGCAGCUGCCCCAAGGCGUCCUCUUCAUCGUCACGACGUUCAUGAUUGUCGAGCUCGCCGGUAUUGGUAACGAAGGCAUGAUCUAUGGCCUCCUCACAACGGUCACCAACCUCCCGGCGGCCGUCGGCCCGGUUCUCUCCAACUUGAUUUACCGCAACUUUGACGUCGACGAGGACGCGAUCAUCUCGGACACCAAGCACGUGCGCAACCAGGUCGCGUACACGUACGUCAUCUACUACUCGUGCUUUGUGCUGGCGUGCGCUACGUCCAUCUUCCUCCCAAAGCAAAAGGCCCAGCUCCACGAACUCCAGCGCAACGGCGGCCGGUUUCCCAUCAUUGGCGGCGGCGUCCUCGUCUUCUGCUUAAGCAUGCUCGUCUACUCGAUCACGUGCAGCAUCCUCUCCAUGUUCGAGUCGACGUCGUGCCUCAUGAUCGCCGGUGGCAACGGUUGCUAGUAGCUCCUUGAAGUAGCAAUAGAAUUGUCUUGAUUUUUGUUC